AUGGACUCGCCGUCGGGCGAGACGGCCGACGAUGAGCUGCUCGGCGCCGUCAACCUCAUGAUCCUGGGCGAGGGCGCCGUCGGCAAGUCGUGCAUGCUGCAGACGUACUGCGGCGACGCCGCCGACGCCGUCAAGAGCGCCACCAUCGGCGUCGACGUCUGCACACGCGUAGCGUGUGUGCGCGGCCUGCCGGCCAAGCUGCAGUUCUACGACACGGCCGGGUCGGAGCGCUUCCGCGCGCUCAUCCGGCAGCAGUACGGCCGCGCGCACGGCGUGCUGCUCGUGUUCGACUUCACGCAGCGCGAGACGUUCCUGCGGCUGGACGGCUGGCUGAAGGAGGUGCGCGCGGCGGCGCGCCAGCAGCCGAUCAUCAUGCUGGCCGGUAACAAGGCCGAGUUGGCCGAGCGGCGCGCCGUGUCUGUGCCGGAGGCGGACGCGUUUGCGCGCCAGCACGGGCUGGCGUUCCGCACGCUCAGCGCGUUCAACGCCGUGCAGGUGGGCUCGGUGCUGGACGACCUGGCGCACCGCGUGCUGCUCACGCCGCGGCUCUACCGGCCGGCCGUCGAGGCCACCGAGACGUACGUGCUGCUGCUCAAGCUGCAGACGCACGCGCACAUGCGCGCCGCUGACGCCGAGCGCCGCCUGGCGGCCGUCGAGGACCGGCUGGCGAAGCUGGAGAAGACGGCGCCCGACGGCAGCGGGGACUGACGUCCGCUCGGCGGCCGGCUCCGGACUCCGGUCACCGAGCGGCUGGGGAGAGGCGUCGGUACCGGCUGACGCCCCCCGCCGCCGGCUGAGUUCCCCGUGUUGUGGCGCAGGUCCCGGCACGGCGACGGAAGCGUCGUGCUGCGACAGACGGCGCGUCAGCUGAGCACAGCGCGUGUCGCAUCAGCUGAUGUCGACGCAUACCGGACCAAGCGAGACGUUUAUACUCUUACUGGCGCCGGCCAGUGCGCCAGCGCGCGGACUCGGCCUGGGAUGGCGGGCGCGUGAGGAGGCGUCCACUCAGGCGCGCCCGGAGACGGACAGCUCGGCCAUUGUCGGGCCGGGCCGGCGGUGCCGCCCGUGUUGUGCAGCUGGCUGUGCCGUGCGCCGGCGGCGCCGCCCGCCGCUCGCCGCCCGCCGCCCGCCGCUAUGCCGGAUGAAUCGCGGUCGUCACGCCACCACCGGCGUUGUUUCGUGACGAGGCCGUCGGCACCCGGCCUGGCGCCGGAGUGCCGGCGGAACGUGCGCCGAGACCCCUAUAAUCGAUGCCCACUUAUCUGAAAUCGUUGCCGCGGUGUGGCGGCGGCCGCUCUGCCCAUGGGGGCCAGGGCGGUUUGGAUGCUUGCCAAAUGACUGUUCGCUAAGCGGAAAUAUAAGAAUGUAUCGCG